AUGGCACCGCUGCGCCAGCUCAAGCCUCCGCGGGGCGAGCUGGACGAGCUCAGCAUCUAUGGUUUCCAGCGCGACAAUGUGGGAGGAGAUGAGAGCGUGUGCAAGCGGCCGUGGUGGCGGAAGAUGCUCCACCAGAAUGCGACUGCGCCGGACAACUCAACACCGGAAAUCCACAGUACCGCCCUUGCACCCCCAAUGCAACGUGGCACCCUCAAUGCAACAUGUGCUGAGCUUGUAUAG